GUCCCCGAAGACACCCGCAACCCCGACGCCGCAUCUCCUUGACGCAUAACGGCAACGGCCUUCGUCUCUCCAGAGAUUGGAAGCAACAUCGAUUUUCAACAUGGCGUCCGCAGGGGCGAUAUGGGGUCCAGCGACCCUUCGCCUGCUGCGUGUCGCUGCCGCCAAAACCACGAAGCUGGUCCGCGCCAAGCUGGUGGACGCGACCAGGCCUCUCCAGGGCCAGGUCCAGCAUAUCCCCAUCCGCGGCGGCUACACUGGGCGGCAGCCGAUUCACCCAGCAGCGCUACUGAAACAACAGAAGCGAGGUGUGAAGUGGUUUUCUAGCGGAGCGACCAAGAGCAUCAACAAUGCACUGCGGAGGUUCAUCAGCUCCGAGCGAAGUGCCUCGGCGCCUCGAUUCGACCGAUCCAAGUUGCCGUCUUCAAACACCUCGCGACGUGUCGCACAGUUCUCCGGACGGGCUCCAUUUGCGAGCACGCUGCGACCGAACUUGACGGGUGGGGCGAUGCCUCGCACUGCUGGCGGCUACAGUCUCGGAGGUGGCGCUCGGUAUUUCUCUCACACGCCCGCGGCGCCGGCCCAGGUUGUACAGAACGUGUCGCAAGCUAUGCGGGCCUUCUUCCUCUCAGGUCAGAAGCUGCGAUACGACGGCCUUGGCUCCCACGGUGAGCGCAAAUAUCGCGCCGUUUCUACCCUCGAGGACGAUGCCAUGCGCACGCUUUCCGAGAUUCCUCGCUCCGCUCUGGGGUCCUUCAUCGACUUUCAGCUCAGCCCCAAGAUAACGGCUCUUAGCCCCCUUGCUGCGGCCAUUGCUCUCACAUCUGAGACCUCUGGUUUUCGUACCGAGGCGGCUCAUGCCAGCAUCAACACCGAGGGAUUUCUCGACAUCCUCUCUGCGGACUUUGGCCGUGCUCUGAAGGACUUGACGGCUGUAUACGCAGAUUUGCGGCGGCUCUCGGUGCUCGGCGACUUGCCGAUAGUUCUCGAGAAGAGUGACACCCUUCGUGUUCGGUUCCCCGGCGUCGAUGCGGCCACAGUCGAACAACUCUGCGACGACAUCGGGAUUCAACGUGGCGUCGUCAGCCAGGACCCGGGCUUCGACUUGGCCGUCGGCAUGCCCAUGGCACUCAAGUUCCCGUUCGCGCCCGACACCGAAAAGACGUUGACGUCGCCUGGUGGAUCGGCACGUUCGCUGGAGGGCCACGAGAUGGAUGAGAUGUCGUCUCUCGGGGACGACUCUUUCGUGCGAGAUGCCUUUGCCGAGGAAUUGGAAAAUCCGUGGCUAUCAGAGCCCGAGGGCUACGAGAGCAUGUCACCGCCCAUGAGCUCUGCGCAACACUGUUCCAACGAAUUUGAAGGGCUCGAAGGGAUAUACCGCUUUCUCGAGGAGUGUGAUCGAGGGAAGGGGAGGCUGGGAUGAACGGCCGCGUUCAAAGAUUGAGGGGCUCUACACUCGUUUGUGACAGUACACUAGUCUUUUUUCUGAUCGAUAGGCAGAAAUACGAUUUCUUUGGGUUAA